CGCGACUGCGAUGGUGCAUUGGUGAUUGAAAAAUAUUUCCUACGAUUCUUGCAGUGCACCAUAUGCAUGUGCCAUCGUUUUUUAAGGCGUAGUUUAUGUUUUUGUUGUGUGUUCGGUGUCUAUUUGCGAAAAACUAAUCUGCCGCCGUGGGUUCAACUCGCACCUGCGUCUAGCUCAAUCAAUCGUACUACUGUCAACCAUUGUUUCCUUUUGUAAAUCAUUUUCACAAUCGACUGUCCGGCAGUGUACAUCAAUAAAACGCGAUUGCACAUUGCGCCAUUAAGUACGAGGAUUCGGCUGACGACGGGGUAGCCUGAAAACCGCAACAUGAAUAUCGAUACCCUUUGUGUUUCGUGAAAAAGUGCAUUACUAUUUUGCCAAGAAGAGAAACAAUUGUUCCUCGUUUCGUUGCGUUGUUCUGGUUCCUGUUGUGUGUUUAGCUUGUGAGCAAACGACACAAAGAACGGCUCCAAAUAACGCGAUCUUCACCCCAAACGUAGUAUAUUGCAUUCCGCAACCCCCGCUGCAACACGUCAAAGCAGCGAAAAACUUGUUUUUCGAGCCUUGAGCUACGUAACUUCGCAACCGAGUCCUCAUCACCUUCCCUUUGAGUACUUCUGCUGCCCGAAACUUCAGCCACUUCCCUGUUGUAUGUGGUGGGGUGUAAUUGCGGUACAAGGACGACACGUGCGUAUAACAAAAAGAAACGGAGUGGACCGAGGCCGCGACAGCGGGCGGGUGGCAAAGCCAUAAAUAUCAGUCAUCGUUGAGAUAGUAGCAGCGGUAAAUACAAUUUUUUUUUGUGCCAGAAGCGAAGCGGAGUAUUUGCACCUUUUUGUCGUCAACCGCAAAUCAGACCAUCGGUGCCCUUCACGCAUCGGAACCUACGCAAUAGCAAACGCCUUUGGAUACAUUACAAAGCCGCAGCCCAUCGCGCAUCAGCUGAGCGACCUCGUGAAGACGGUGGACACCUCGUGAGCAGGCGCCUCCCCAUCUAAUGCCACAGGGUGCAACGGCGGGGACAGGAACUGUGCCGGUAUACUACUGAGCUAAGCUAAGAUGGCAUCCGGAACGAACGGACGUGUAACAGUGGCGCCGUACGGUGACAACAACAACCAGCAGCACAAGCCGGCCCAAGUCACGCAAAACGGCAAAUCGGGCAAGGAGGCCAACGGAUUGGUCGCGGGGGCAAAGAGUCACCCCGCGCGGGACGAAGAUCGCUCCGCCCGGCAGUCGCUGAUCAUCCUGGUGGCAAUCUUUCUCACCAGCCUGUUCGCGAUGCUGUACGUUUAUGCCAUGUUCCCGGAGCUGGACGAGUCAGAGAAGCAAUACCUCAAGGUGCCGUUCGAUAUCGAUGAUGCCAAGCAGCUCGGUCGAGUCCUCGAUCGAUACAAGGAUCUGUACAAUCUCGAGGUCAUGUUCGGCAUCAUUCUGGUGUACAUAUUCCUGCAAACGUUUGCCAUUCCCGGUUCGUUGUUCCUAUCGAUACUGAGCGGGUUCCUGUACAGCUUUCCGGUUGCGCUCACGCUUGUCUGCUUCUGCUCAGCCCUCGGGGCCACCCUGUGCUAUCUGCUUUCGCAGCUGGUCGGCCGGCGGCUGGUGAAGUACUACUUCCCGGAACGGGCCCACCACUGGGCGCAGCAGGUCGACCGCCACCGGGACGACCUGCUCAGCUACAUGCUGUUCCUGCGCAUGACGCCGUUCCUGCCGAACUGGUUCAUCAACCUGGUCGCACCGGUGAUCGGCGUACCACUGUACCCGUUCGCCCUCGGCACAUUCCUCGGCGUCGCACCGCCCUCCUUCAUUGCCAUACAGGCCGGUAAGACGCUGUACAAGAUGACCAGCUCGAGCGACGCGUUCAGCUGGGGCUCGAUCGCGAUGCUGGCCGCGUUCUCCGUUGUCGCACUCGUGCCGGUCAUCUUCAAGCGAUAUUUCAAGACCAAGAUCGACUAAGCGAGGAUAAGGACCGGCCGUCAAAUCCUAGGGAUGAUACCCUCAUGCUCUCGCGCGGGCCCAUCAAUCGACCAAAAGCUGAAGAUUCGAAUCGCAUCCCUCUUUCUUAGUUUAAUAAUUUAACGUAGCAAUGUAGCCAAAGAAGAAAGUAGGUUUUAAGUAGCACUGUGCAUCGUUGGUUAGUUAAGCUGUUUAUUUUUCUACUCUGUUUUGGCCGAAACGAGCAACGUCCUGUCGAAUACUGAUAACUUCACGUUCGAAAGGCAACAGUGUCGACCUUUCUGUGACACCACGUCGUGAAACAGUGCGUGACUCAGCUCAAAGAAAAUCCAAACGUCUCGAUGGUGAUUUAAGUAAUCAUAAGAUGGUUAUCUUCGACCAAAGUCCUUCUUUGUUCGCCACGGUAGCUCCCAAGCCAUUACGUUUAGUAGCAUAGUGUGUAGGGAGAACAUUUAAUAUCUGUUGUCUGUGUGUGAAAAACAAAAACAAAGCAAAAAGUACACCGCAUCCUGAGCAAACGCUUUACGUUUCGACUAUCGUGUUUUACAAGACACUUUUGCGCGAUAUGGUUCAAAAUGUGUCCGUCAUUGGGUAGAUGGUUUUAUUUUGAAUCUUUCGAUAAGAUAAAAAACAAAGGUUAAGCAAUAAAAUUCGAGUGUGAAACGAGUUAGUGGCAAUACUAGUUUGGGGGAGGAAAUGGUUUAAGUUUUAAAUGUGCCGCAAUAUGUGAACUAAGUAACGUUAGCAAUGAAGCAACCGCAUACUGGUUAAAAAGCAAAACUACAAACAAAGGUAAAAAUAGCUAAAACCCCAAGAAAAAAAAAAAAAGCAACAUUAUCUCUAAUUGUCUCGCGUAGGAACCAUGUAUAAAUGAAUGUCGCACUCCUAGUAGGAUCUUAGCAAACGGAACUGUAUGACAACAAGACGAAAAGAACGUAAAGAAAGCUCGACAUUUACUGCUCACGUGAUCUGUUUGCGUAAUGUCUACCAAGGAGUCAAUAAAGUAAAAUGCAAUUGCAAAAAACAACUAUCCUAAACCAACUGGAGGAGUUUAUUUAAUUAUAAUCCAACCCGGCCAACCAUCUACCACGGUGAAAUAGGUGAAUUUUAAACCAGCAUUAUUCAGAUCUCGUAAAGUCACUUGAAUCAGUAGCAUAACUCAAAUGUAAGCUCUUUUCAAAUCAGUAUAUUUAGACAGGUUUAUCCUUUAUCAGCGCUUUCGGCAUAGUUGAGCAUGUAAUAAAAUAAAAGUACCUUAAUU